AUGGCCCAGACCAAUGGAGAGUUGGAGCACUCGAAAGCAGAGACUCCGGAACAACUUACCAACGGAAACCACCCCGAGGGAGCUCAGGAAGAGGAGCAGAAUGGAGGCCUUUUCCAGAUCUCUGUGAAGCUUCCUCACGAGCCUUAUAAGAUCCAGGUGAUGGUGUCAAGCCAGGAGCAAGUUCAGGAUGUCCGACAGUCAAUUGUCGAGCUUCCCAGCACCUUCCAGUAUACUUGCUUCCACCUGGAGUUCAACGGCAGCCGCAUCAAUGACUUUGUCGAGCUGUCUGAAGUUCCCGACUUGAAGGCUGAUUCGGAAAUCGUCCUUGUGGAAGACCCAUAUACCGAGAAAGAAUCCCGCAUGCACGUUAUCCGAAUGAGGGAGCUGGUCGGAGCUGCAGGCGACCGUGUCGACAACCUCCAGGGUAUCAGCGCCGGUCUGUCGCUGCACGAUUCCAUCUCCGAGGAAGCCGCUGCCGGAGAGACCGCGGAGAAGGAGCACUCAUUGUCCAAAUAUGACAUUACCGGCUCACCGUCUCUCAACACCAUCCUCCCUAGAGCAGAGGCUCCUCUUCCCAAGACCGUCAAGUCGAUUUCGCUAUCCCCAUGGAACCCUGUCCCCUACCAUCUCCGCCAAAAGGGUCACCUGCUCUACCUCCAGGUCACCACCAACGAGGGAGAGCAAUUCCAGAUCACUUCUCACGUUUCUGGCUUCUUCGUGAACAAGUGCUCUAAUGCUAGGUUCGAUCCGUUCCCCAAGCCCAUGCCGAAGAAGGGCAGCGCCCACUCUCUUCUAACUCUGAUCUCUCACUUGUCUCCUUCUUUCAACGCCUCCUUCGAAGCGCUGCAGGAGGCCAACAACAAGAAGGACCUUUUGACUACUUUCCCCUUCCAGAACGCUAUACCGAACAGCCCAUGGCUCGUUGCUCCUCCUUCGUCGAGUGUGAAUGCCCACCAGCCUGAUAUCACACGGUCACAAGAGAACUACUUGAUCUCUGGUGUCGACAACGCGGAAACCUUGCGAGACUGGAAUGAGGAGUUUCAGACCACGCGAGAGUUGCCUCGUGACACCGUUCAGGACCGUGUUUUCCGAGAGCGCUUGACCUCGAAGCUAUUCGCGGAUUAUAAUGAGGCCGCGGCUCGCGGUGCCGUUCUGGUCGCCAAGGGUGAAGUUGCUCCUCUCAACCCCACCGAGGGUCGCGAUGCUCAGAUCUUUGUGUACAACAACAUCUUCUACUCCUUCGGCGCUGACGGUGUCGGAACUUUCGCUUCCGAGGGCGGCGACGAAGCUGCUCGCGUAGCUGUCGGUAAGGACGUUGUAGGAAUUAAGGCGGUCAACCAGCUGGAUAUCAACGGCCUGUUCACACCCGGAACUGUCGUCGUGGACUACCUUGGAAAGCGUAUUGUCGGCCAGAGUAUUGUGCCUGGUAUCUUCAAGCAGCGCGAACCUGGUGAGCACCAGAUUGACUACGGUGGUGUUGAAGGCAAGGACGUCGUGGCUACCCACCCUGAUUUUGCCCCUGUCUUCGAAAAACUCUCCAAGGCCCUCCGGAUCAAAAAGCACGCUGUCUGGGAUAAGGACGGCAAGCGUCAUGAUCUCGAAGGCAGUGUUGAGACCAAGGGUUUGCUUGGUACGGACGGCAGAAAAUAUGUGCUCGACCUCUACCGCGUUACUCCUUUGGAUGUCACGUGGCAGGAAGAAGAAGGAAGCGAUGCCUACCCUCAUAACAUGGCAGUUUUGAGAUUGGAACUUGUUGAAUCCUACUGGAGGCACAAGAUGAGCCAGUAUGUAAAGGCUGAGGUUGAGCGCCGUCGCGCCGCCAAGGCUGAGGAAGCUGCUUCUAAGGAGAAGUCUGAAGAAAAGGCUGAAUCGAAGGAGGAAGGUUCCGAAGAGAAGAGUGAGGAGGCAAUGGACCAGGAGCGGGUUGACAUCUCUGGAUUCUCUCUUGCAUUGAACCCUGACGUCUGCAGUGGCCAGAUCCCUCAGACCGACGAAGAAAAGGAGCAGUGGGCCCAGGAUGAGAAGGAGGUCCGUGAGACUUGCGACUUCCUCCGUUCCAAGGUGAUGCCUGAGCUGAUCCAGGAUCUCCACGACGGUGAUGUCGGCUUCCCUAUGGAUGGACAGUCUCUUAGCCAGCUUCUGCACAAGCGUGGUAUCAACAUCCGCUACCUUGGCAAGUUGGCUCAGAUGUCCAAGGAGAAGGGCGCCCGUUUGGAUGCUUUGACCAUCCUGCUUGUCCAGGAAAUGGUUGCUCGUGCCUUUAAGCACAUUGCCAACAGUUACUUGCGCAACGUGGCUGCGCCAUUUACCGCCUCCUGCAUUGCCCACCUCCUGAACUGUCUCCUGGGUGCUGAUGUCAACUCGAACCCUCAAGCUGAUAUCGACGCAUCUCUGCGGGAGAUCUAUCCAGAGGCUGACUUCUCUUUCGAGAAGGUUACUCCGGCGACUCUGCGGGCUGAUAUUGAGAAGCAUGUCUCUGUCCGGUAUCGUUUCACCCCUGAGCCUGAGUGGUUCAACUCUUUGCGACACCUGCAGCUUCUUCGUGAUGUCUCCAUCAAGCUUGGUCUCCAGCUUAGCGCCCGCGAGUACGCUUUUGCGAAGUCCCAACUUCCCGCUAAGGUUCCUGCUACCAACAGCCCCAGCCAAGAGGACGGCAAAAAGAAGAAGAAGAAGGGCGGCGAUUCCAAGUCUCCGGCUCGUGCUGCCUCUCCAGAGAAACCUGCUGUAUCCAUCGUUCCUGACGACAUUGUCAACAUCGUGCCUCUGGUCAAGGAUGCCUCGCCCCGGAGCUCCCUUGCUGAAGAGGCUCUGGAAGCUGGACGUAUCUCCCUUAUGCAGAACCAGAAGCAGCUGGGCCAGGAGCUCAUUCUGGAAUCCCUGUCCCUGCAUGAGCAGAUCUACGGCAUCCUCCACCCAGAAGUUGCCAAGCUCUACCACCAGCUGUCCAUGCUUUACUACCAGACUGAUGAGAAGGAAGCUGCUGUCGAGCUGGCUCGGAAGGCUGUUAUCGUUACUGAGCGCACUCUCGGUGUUGAUUCGGCCGACACCAUCUUGAGCUACCUUAACCUUAGUCUGUUUGAGCAUGCCUCUGGAAACACCAAGACUGCUUUGGUUUAUAUUAAGCACGCUAUGGAUCUGUGGAAGAUUAUCUAUGGACCCAACCACCCCGAUUCCAUCACCACCAUGAACAACGCCGCUGUAAUGCUGCAGCACCUCAAGCAGUACUCAGACUCUCGGAAGUGGUUCGAGGCUUCAUUGACUGUGUGCGAGUCCCUCUUUGGCAAACAAUCCAUCAACACUGCUACUAUUCUGUUCCAGCUGGCACAGGCUCUUGCUCUUGACCAAGACUCCAAGGGAGCUGUUGGCAAGAUGCGCGAUGCCUACAACAUCUUCCUUAGCCAACUGGGUCCUGAUGACCGCAACACUAAGGAAGCUGAGACAUGGCUGGAGCAGCUCACCCAGAAUGCUGUCUCUAUCGCCAAGCAUGCCAAGGACAUCCAGGCCCGCCGUCUGCGCCGUAUCAAUAUGAACACCCGCACUCUUGGUACUAAGGUCCAGCCUCAAGUCGGCCAGUCCGCACCUUCCGCAUCGGGAGCCAGCUCUGCCAACCCUUCAUUGGACUCGCGAAGCAUUGAUGAGUUGCUGAAGUUCAUCGAAGGUGGUGAUACCAGCUCUUCUCGGUCCAAGCAGAAGAAGCGUGCUGCCGCUAGCAACCCCAAGCUUCGUGGCUCGAAGAAGUCAUCAGCUUGA